UGACCAUUUUGGUUUCGCCGGAGUUCAAUUUAACGUGAAUUGUCUUUGACCUGUGUAUUGUUUAGGAUGGGAUCCUGUGAUCGAUAAUAAGCUCUCUAUAUGCGCAGCACGACUGCUUUGCAUGUUUCCUUAGUUCUCUAGAAUUCUAUCUCAUGAACUUAAAAUAAACCAUGAACAGUAGUCGAGAAGUUCGGGUCGCAAGACAUUGUCUUUUUUUGUUUAAGUUGUUGAUAAAGGUGCAUGUUUUUUUUUUCGUGAUAAGGAACAGCUUUGUUCAUGAUGAUAGACAAACAAUGUUUAGUUAUUCAAAUCACCCAAACCGUAUUUUAUACGGUUGCCCACCUGUUUUGAAGGAAAGAAACCUUUGUCAAGUCAUCAAUGUUUACAGACAUCAAAGCGUGGUUAAACCAUACCGCCCGUGCCACCAGACCGUUUCAGUCGCCUUUCGGUCGCGCAGUUUGCAUGAUAAAACGUUCAAUUUCAGGGAAAUUCCUGGACACAGUGUUCUAUCUAGCUUAAGAAAAAGGUAUGCUCUAAAUUUGACUUUACAACAUGGCAGUAAAGCAAUGCUUUUUCAAGACUUUGCAAGGCAGUAGUGUGAAUCGAGUUUAACAUGGUGAAUAGCGUACCAGUAUCGAUCCGUGAACCCCCUGAUUUCCCCAAUUUUUGCGUCAUAUUCGAUCGGAGUCGAGUGCUGUCCCUAAUUCCCUAAUCGUUACAUUGUAAAGUGUUUAAAGAAGCCUCGCUAAGUUUAGUCUUGCAGCAUUUGUAAUACAAGUGACUCCUUAUGUGGUCCUGUGCCAGCGAAAGGACUUAUCUGAGCAGCAAGCGGUGAGUCUGGGCACUAGUCAGUAAGUUCCAGUCUCCACGUUGUAAAUCACGUCCAACAUGGCCGCAUGGUGCUUGUUCGUUCGUCGUACCGACGUUUCACUGUUUCUUUGACCAGACAGCACAAAGUAUGGGCUUCAAUGACCUAAUGCACCCGAGAAACAUUUACAGAAAAUCUCCACCUGACUUCAAGAUUCUUGCUGAAAAAUUUGAUUACUUUCGAAAGUUUGCCAAGGAAACUAAACCUGGACGUUUCACUUUGAACUUCAAAGACCCUGAAGCACUCCGGGCUUUGACUUGUGCUUUGCUAGAAACCGACUUUGGUCUCAAACUCAGCAUUCCCUUGGAUCGAUUGAUACCCACAGUUCCUCUUCGUCUUAACUACAUCUUAUGGAUUGAAGACCUGCUGGCAUGUCUUCCUCAUACUCAACGUCACGCAACGGUUCGUGGCUGUGAUAUUGGUUCAGGAGCAUCCUGUAUUUAUCCUCUGCUGGGGGCUAAACUCAACAACUGGCAUUUCUUGGCAACUGAGGUGGAUGACUCAUCAGCUUCUUACGCAAGAGAAAAUGUAAAACAAAAUGGCCUGGAAAGUAACAUAAGUGUGAAACAGGUCACUCAUGACAGUUUUCUCAAAGUACCCAUUGAAGGUGAAGACACCAAAGAGUUUGAUUUCUGUAUGUGCAAUCCACCAUUCUUUGUCAGUGAAUUUGAGGCUUCUCAUGGUGUGGCACGUAGUGACAAACGUCCUCAGCCUAGUGGGGUGUGCACUGGAACGGAAACUGAAACAGUGACCGGAGGAGGUGAGGUGGAAUUUGUCAAAGGGAUUAUCAAGGACAGUCUGUUUCUCAAGGAGCAGAUCAGGUACAGUUUGUUAUUAUGGGAUAGGCUUNUCAAGACUGUAACAACUACAGAGUUUUGUCAGGGCCAUACAAUGCGUUGGGGUGUGGCUUGGUCCUUCCUACCUGAUGUCGCAGUUAAGGACUCUCCUUCAAAGCGCCGUAAACGAACGAAAAAGGCAAAGCCUCUACACUUUGUCAUUCCUGAUGAAGUUGCAGCCACACGCGCAGGUUGUGAGAAGAAAGCUGAGAUGUCAGACAAAGUUACAGCGAUAGGAAAUUACGUCAGAGAGAUACUGAACGAGUUAAAGGUCACUGUGAGUGAACAGGAUGAAGCUGACAGAUACAGAGGAAUAUUUACUCUUCACUGUGUGGCUUGCGAGAUAACCUGGGCACAUCAGAGGAGAAAACGACGGGAAAACCUCAGGCAAGGUGUCCACCAAGAAAACACAGGUGACUGUCUGCCUGCUAGUGUAGACGAAGCUGCAACACACCGUGUGGGAGACACCUCGACUGACAUGGAAACACAGAAAGUGCUAGAGGACGAGAGUAAAGUAAAGACAAACCUCUCUGUAAACUUUGACGCGGAAGCGCUUACAAGUUCUGAUGCACAACCAAGAGAAUUGCCUGAUUCUCAGGAACGCAGUUCGGCUUCUGCUAGCAAUGACAUACAGCAGGGCGAAAAUGUUUCCAGACCUCUCUUGUCGUUUACGGUGCGAGUAGAGUCUGGUGUAGAGAUAGCUUAUGACUUGUCACGUGAUAGUGUGGUGUUAGAGAUGGUGUGGAUAGAAGGACAGAACAAAAAUGACUUGUAUCAGUUAUUCCAGUACUUUCAAAACAAGCUUUUGAAAGGUUUUUAAGUUGGCUGAUUCGUUAUCGAAAGUUUUAUUUCCUCAUUUUAGUAUUCUAUUUGCCAAAUACCACCAAACAUAUCAGUAAAAUUGAUAAAAAGUGUCUUCGGAACAAAAUGGAACAACGAGGUUGGGGAAGACGUUCGAUUUUGUGCCAGGAUGUCUAGAAUUCAAAAUUGUCAUUCUGGUAAAAUUUUUAUAUCUUCCAGUCAUAACCUUUUUUUGGAGUUGUUAUGUUUUAAUUAUCUCUUUAAUGUGAGGUAAUGAAGCAAGCUUAAAGCAAGCUCCAGGUCAUACUUUAGAGACGCGGUGGCUUCAUGGUUAGUGCGCUCGUCUCCGGAUUGAGCGGUCCGGGUUCGAGCCCUAGCCGGGGACAUUGAGUUG